AUGCUGCGUGGCGUAACUCCUCGCAUCUCCUGCUACCACCGUCCGCGAGGGAAUGAGCUCACCUCCUCAUUUUUUUUUUCUUUGGCUUGUUUUUGUUUCUCCUUCUGCCGUCAGGCUCCGCUUCCUCCCUUUUUGUUGCAUGUGUGCGCCCAGAAACACCCGGACGAACCGAAGGAACUAGAAGAGCGAGUGACUACAACAACAACACCAACUAGACGGAACGUAAUGGAGACAUUUGGCACUUCACCACCCGACGCGGAUUUGGAUAUCGCGUCGCGGGACUACGCCCAGCGAGUGCAGGGACUGCACAAUGACGCGUACCGCCAGGCUAUUGGGGAAAUCGCCGGGGAAAUGUACGGUGUGGUGUACACGCAGGUGUACCGCGACGCGCUCGAGGGGUACCGAAGAGAUUGGGACAGCUCUACGGCGUAA